UAUGUCACAAUAUAAUUAUUGUUUAAUUACAUUAAAUAUAACAAUUGAUAAUCAAGUUUUUGUAUCAAAAAACUACAUUGAGUAUUGAAAUUAAUUUGAAUUUAAUGUUAGAUUUUGAUUUUAAUAUUAAUAAAAAAAUUUGAUUUUAAUGUUAGAUUACUAUUUAAAAAAUGCUUCAAAUAAAAUCUGUAUUAUUUUAUAUUAUAUUUUUUUUAUUUUUAAUGUUGUUUCUUUUAUUCUACAUACUUGGAGUUGUUCGUUAUAUUACGGAUUUUGAAGAAAAUACUUGUGAUAUGACAUAUAUGUUUGAAUAUCCACAAUAUGUGAGAAUCUCCUUAAAUAAUGAAAUAGAAGAACGAUACCCAAGAUAUGGAUUAUAUGCAUAUGGGGAAGGUUUUGUUACUGAAAAACUUAGAAGAAUGUACUUCUCAGGAAUACCUGUACUUUUUAUACCUGGUAAUCUUGGAUCUCAUGAGCAAGUAAGAUCUCUUGCUUCUGUCAGUUUGAGAAAAAGUUUAAAAGAUAGGACUCCAUUUCAUUUUGAUUAUUUUACUGUUUCAAUAGGCAAGGAUUAUUCUGCUUUAUAUGGAGGUGUAUUGAUUGAAGAAACAAUGUAUGUUUCAUAUUGUAUACAAAAAAUAUUAAGUUUAUAUAAAUCUAAAAUAGAUAACAUUGUGCUUAUAGGACAUUCAAUGGGAGGUAUUAUAGCUAAAGGUUCUGUUUUGAUGACUCCAAAUAUAAAUGCUAGUGUUGCAAGCAUUAUUAUUACUUUAGCUACUCCUCAUACACCUACAUUAGCGUUAGAUUAUACUUUUGUUAAUUAUUAUAAAAAUUUAGAAAAACGCUUAAAUGAUAUAAAAGAUGCAGGAAUAAAUGUGAUAUCAAUAGGAGGUGGACCACGAGAUACACUCAUAACAUCAACACAAAUUUUAGAUCCUACAGCAGAUAUUAAUGUUAUUUCUAAUGCUAUACCAGAUGUUUGGAAAUCUGUGGAUCAUCUUAGUAUUUUAUGGUGUAAACAAUUAGUAUUAUCUAUUGUGCAUUCAUUAUUUGAUUCUGUUAAUUAUGCUCAAAAACCACCUAAAAUAUUUUCCACACCUAAUGAAAGAAUGCAAGCAUUAUCAUAUCAUUUUUAUCAUCGUACUUCUGGAAAAAGAUUAUAUUUUUAUAAAGAAAUAAUACAAUUUGAAACUGAUGGUGAAUGGAUAGAGAAUAUUCAAAGGCAUUAUACAUGGACUAAUAAAAACUCAUUUAAGAAAACAUCUUCUAUUUAUCUUAUGAUUAGAUUAAGUGGACAACCUGAUUAUUUAACUAUUGAUACUAAAAAUUUAGAAUCUAAAGAUUGGUUAUUUGCAUGUACAGCAUCUAAUAUACAAGGACAAUCAAGAAUUUGCAAUUGGGGUUGGAACUUGACAAAUAGAACAAGAAUUUUAUCAGAUCCUUUACACCGUAUAAGAAAAACUGUUGAUUUAAAUUUGCAAGAGAUAAAAUAUCCUGGUAUAACACAUAUUAUAAUAAGAAUUACACCAGAUAAUUUAGAAAAAUAUGUUACAAUAAAUGUAGAUUUAUAUUCUUAUGAUACAAGAUUUAUAUUUAUUAAGAAUAAUCUAUCUUUAUUGAAAAAUUUAUUUAUUUUACCUCAAAUAAAAAAAUCUCAUCCUGGACAUAUUAGAUAUUAUGCUAGUUUUGAUAACUUUGUAAACGUUAUUGCUGUUGAACUUAAAGCAUCUGGAUGUAUGGAUCCAAAACAUGCAAUUGUUGAAUUAAUAGAACCAUGGAGUAUUGGAGUUACACAAAUUCAAUUUUUUACAGUUAUAGAUAAUGGACCAAAAAUAAUGAAAAUUCAAACUAAAAAUAAGUAUUCUAAUAUUUCUCCAAAUUUAAGAAUAACUCUAGAUCCUGCAUGUUCAUAUGUAAUUAAUAUUCAAAAAGGUGGAAUUAUAGAUCAAAUAUCUUGUAUUGUAAGAGAUCGCUGGUAUUUAUUGUAUACAACAAUUAUUAGUUUACUUUUGUUAUUUUUAUCUACAAGAAUCAAUCAUGGCCAUAAUCAAACUCCAAUAAUAAUAAUUACGAUAUUUCUAUCGUUUUGUUAUAAUUUAAUGUUUGAAUGUUUAAUUGCUUUGGCAAUUAUUUGUGUAUUUAUUAUUGGACUCUGCUGUUGCAUUAUAUUUUUUGGCUCAGUAGCUCAUAAUAUUGCUGUGAGGUUUCUAGCACGUGUAAUAACUUUUUCAACAACAUGGUCAGAUUGGCUGCUUGGAGGAUUAAAUCAAUUACCAUUUAUUACUACAAUUCUUGUUUUAUCUUUAAUUCCAGCAACAUGUGGAGCUUUAGCUAUGUUAAUUUCCAUUUUUCUUUAUUUUUUAAAUUUGACGAAAAUGUAUGAAGAUUAUUUAGAAGAACUUUUAAUGGCUUCAUUACAACAUUUUAAUUGGAUAAGACAAUUUAGAAGUACAAAAGAUAAUUCUAAAAAUACAAGACAAAAAAUAUUCAAUCAUCUUAUUUUUUUUAUACUUUGGUGCUUUACUGCUAUUCCAGCUGUACCAUCUGUACUUGUUUGGGCAAAAAAUUUCAGUUACAAUAUGAAACUUUCUUCGGAAGAUUCUUUAUUACUUCAAAGCUGGAUAAUUUUAGUAACAUGCAGUACAAUGGGAUGGGUGCAACUUCCUUCUAAUAAUCAUAAAAAUCGAUCUCAAAUAUUAUCCAGUAUAUUAUGUUUUUUAGGUUGGGUAGUACUUUUAAUGGGAGCAGCACCUCAUCCACCUUUUUAUCAAUAUUGUAUACCACCUAUUGUAGCAGGAACUAUUAGUAUUAUUGCAUUAAAUUUCAUUUUUUCUUAAAAUAUUAUUUAUUUAAAAUAAUACUUUAAUCUAAUCUUCCUGUCUAUAUCAGUUUCAUGUACAUCUAAAUUGUAUAUAUUGUGUUUGUAUAAAAAUAUUUAUAUUUAGAAUGUGUAUAAUAAUAUAAUAGUUAUAUUGAAAUUUAUUCCAUUAAACUUUUAGCUAUUUCGCACUUUAUGUAAACAAAUUGUGUUGUCUUACAAUCCUUACUAUUGUUUUUUUUAUCUUUAUAUCUUUAGAAGAAAAAGUGCUUAUAAAAAAUGUGCA